AUGGAGGCGGCGACUGUGAGCGAGGGCGAGAUGCCAGCCGAAGAGCCGGUGGAGGGAAAGGAAGAGGAGGAGGAGGAGGACAACAUGGAGGAAGAGGAGGACAUGAUGCGGGAGAUGCUGGAGGAAAUGUUGCGGGAGUGCGCCGAGGAGGCCCUGGAAGAGGGGAUGCAGGAGCUGGCUGGAGUUCUCCUGUGGGCGCUGCUGGACGGCGAGAGCGGGGAGGUGGUGGAGGAGUUCUACCAGGAGCUGCUGGACAGCGCCCUGAGCAGCAGCGAGAGCAGCAGCUUGGAGGAAUGCGAGAGCUCAGAAGAGGAGGAGCUGCAGGAAGAAUUUGAUGGUGUACUGACAGAAAAAGUACUAGUGAAAGGUUUAUCAAAUCUGAGACACUCAGCAACUGGAUUGGAACAGGCCUAUCUCCAUCUCUCUUUGCCGAAUUGCAAACUACGUGAUGUGACUAUUCUUUCCAAUUACACUCACCUCCAGAAGUUGGAACUUCCUUACAAUCAUAUAACAGAUUUGCGCUGUGUAAGUCUUAUGCCCUACCUGUUGCAGCUGGAUGCCUCCCACAAUGCGUUGAACUCAUUUGCUGACCUAAACCUACCUAAAACUAUUAAGGAAAUUGAUCUUUCCUACAAUCAGAUAUCUGAAAUGAAGGAGCUGUUAGACUAUCGCUUCCUCCUCAAGUUGAAUUUGGACAACAAUCAAAUCCAGGCAAUUGAAGGCUUGAAGGACUGCCUAAGUCUCAGGUACCUCAGCCUUGCAGAAAAUACGCUUUUGAAAGUUAGUGGCUUGGACAAUUUGCCAAUUAAAUUCCUUUGCCUACGAGGUAACAAGAUCACAAAUGUGAAGGGACUGGCAAAAAUGAAACGCCUGCGCAAGCUUGAUUUGUCAAACAAUAAAAUAGAAACUUUGAAUGGGUUGGAGGACCAUAACCUGCUGGAAACCAUCAAUCUGGAGAAUAAUGAGAUCAGAGAUCUGAGUGAAAUUAAGCACAUGCAAAACCUUGAACUUCUAAGAGUCCUGAAUCUACUACAGAACCCAAUACAGGAACAUCCUGAUUAUUUAUUCUGGAUCCUUUUCAUGGUGCAGAAACUGACUGAACUGGAUCUUAAAAAAGUGAAAGCAACAGAUAAGGUUCUGGCAAUCAAUAAAUAUGACCCUCCGGCUGAAGUGGUAGCUGCCAACAAUCACAUGACCCAUAUUAUGUAUAGUUUUCAGCAGCAACAAAGGAUCUAUGACAGCACUGGCAUUGUGGAGAUGGAAUACACUGGAAACGGUUUUAGAGAGAUUCGGUGUGAGAUGCCAUGUGCUGCAGUAGUCCGUCCACUUUGUAAUGUCUUUGUUAAGGAUCUGGUCCAGAGUGCAGAAGGAUGGAGCUUGGGUGGCACAAAAGAUGUCAUCAACACAGAUUAA